AUGGCGUCGUUGCACCUCACCAUGGAUGAACUCAACAAGGCCGCACUCGAGCAUUUUCUCCACCAGCCCGUCAGCAGUGACAAGAUUGUCCUCUUGGCCGCGACGAAGCACCAGGACCUCCCUCCCGCGCAAAAGAGCCCUGAACUCUGGUCCGCCAUACCCGUCGAAGAAGACAAUAUACCGACUCUGGGGGAGUUCAUCACCCAGCUGGUCGUGUCAUCUAAUGUGCAGGUACCGACGCUCAUGUCAACGCUUGUCUACCUGGCCCGCGUUAAGUCCAAGCUGCAGCCCAUGGCCCGCGGUCAGCGGUGCACCAUCCACCGCAUCUUCCUGGCUUCCCUCAUCCUAGCCUCCAAGUAUCUCAACGACAGGUCGCCCAAGAAUAAGCAUUGGGCCAAUCACACUCACAUCAACACGGAGAUGUACAGCUUCGGCUUCACCCGCACCGAGGUCAACAUGAUGGAAAAGCAGCUCCUCUUCCUGCUUGGCGAUGCGGCCGAGGAGGAGCAGAGGCGGCGGCAGGAGAUCUACAUCCCUGCAACCCACUAUCACAGCCCUGCCUUACCCCGAGGCAACUCGCGCUCCCACGACGCCACUCCCGAGCACAUGCGCGUUGCUGGAGGAGGGAGGACCUACACUAGCUCGGGCAGCUCGUACGCCUCGUUGGCUCUUUCGAGCCGACAACAGUCUUGCUCGACCACGCCUCUGGAAUCGGCCGACGAUGCGUAUGUUUGCGAGACCCAAAUUCCCCGCUUAUUUGACUCGCCCGUCGGGAUUGUUAUCAACACUGAAACGCCCAAGGACGUGCCAGUACCGUUGAGCAUGCGAAUGCCGCCUUGCAAGAUCUUGAUGGAGCAGUAUCACCAGUUUCACGAAAACGCAGCCAAGAAACGCCACAGAUGUGGCAUAUGGGGAGGACUCUUGGCCGUGGCCGGGGCUGUUGGUUCUUAA